UUCAAUAUAUUUUUUCUGAGCUGGGGAAGUUUACUUCUUUGUUAAGGAAAGAAUCCCAAGAGAAGAAGGCAGGAAUCAACCAGUUACAGAGCAAAAGUCUACGGAGUAUAAAAUACUCUUCCCAAUCGAACGAAAAAUGUGAAGCCAUUUUGAAAAUCUCUCUCUGCAACAAAAUCUUCUUUCUCCUCUUCCCGGCAAGCAAACAAUGUCGGACAUCCCGUCGGAAAUCGUCGUGGAGUUUUUAUCCAGAGUUCCCGCGCAGUCUCUGCUGCGCUUCAGGAGCGUGUCGAAGAAAUGGCGUUCCAUUAUCGACAGCCCCCGUUUCAUCAAACUGCAUCUCCAUCGGGCGCUCCAAACGGAGUCCGAUCGGAAGAUUGUUCUCCGGGGAGACGGUUAUUUCUUCUGGGCGGACUUGGAUUUGGUAGAAAAGACUAAGAAAGUCCAUUAUACCAAGCUCGACUGCCCUUUCGAGAGCAAAUCACUAGUAACAAAUGUCAUCGGCUCUUGCCACGGGGUUCUGUGUUUGGGUGGCGACUUCGAAGACGAAACCAUUGCUCUGUGGAACCCUACGACCCGGGAAAUGUUCAAAAUACCAUCCUCUACGCUUUCGGAUAACUGUCAUUUGGGUCUGGGGUUCGGGUACGAUAACAAGAGCGAUGAUUAUAAGGUGUUGAGAAUCAUCCAGCGUGUUCACGCCGAGACUGAAGCGAGAGUGUAUAGCAUGAAGUUGAAAACGUGGAGGAAGAUCGAUCGCUUUCCUUUUCAUCUGAAACAUAGAAUGUCCAAUGGAGUGCUGGCUUCGGGUUCUCUGCACUUCAAAUGCAGCAGCAUCGACCCCGAGGGCGAAAAUGAUGUGAUUGGUGCGUUUGAUCUGGAGACGGAGGAGUAUAGGCUGGUUCCCCACCCGGAGUUUCCUGCUGAGAAUGGAAAUUUUCACAUGAAUGUGGAGGCAUUAGGGGGCUCCCUGUGUAUGAUGUGCUAUUACGGCCAAUCCAGGUCUCUAGACAUAUGGGUGAAUGAGAAAUCUUGGACAAAGCUGUUAACCAUAGGAGAACCGGAUUGUGGUGGUUUGGGUUCCUUUUUGAGCGUUUCUUAUGUUAAACCAUUGGCCUAUUCCCGGAGCGGGCGGGAGGUGUUCAUGGCACACGGCGAUAUGAUCCCGCUUUGGUAUGAUGUGGAGAAGAGAGCGAUUACGUACGUGGACUUUAACGUCAGUUAUAAAAUGGCGUUUAUGGAGCAUCAUCUCUCUUGUGCAAGUCUGGUUAAUUAAACUAGUUGACAAGGCAAAUCUCUUAACCAUUCAGACAUCUGAACCAUUAAGAGGCUGAAACAAACAGUCUGAACCAUU